CCCCCGUGGUUCCUGGUCCCGUCUACCAGGAGGGAGACAGCUGUCAGCAGAACCACAACAUGAGAACCACUCUGAUCUGGAUCUUUGUCCUGGCUGCUGCCGGUCUCCCGGUCCUUUGUGACAGAGACCAGCAACCCGGGCCACCGGCUGAAACCCGCUCCCGCUUCGCCGCCCUGGACGACGUGCGUCUGCUCGCCAACGGCCUCCUCCAGCUGGGCCAGACCCUGCGGGAGUUUGUGCUCAAGACCAAGGUGCAGAUCAACGACAUCUUCCAGAAACUCAACAUCUUCGACCGCUCCUUCGACCAGCUCUCCGUGCUGGCCAGUGAAAUCAAGGAGGAGGAGGAGGAGCUGAAGAAGACCGCCGUGGUGCUGAGGGCCAACAACGAAGAGAUCAAGGGCCUGUCCGUCCGGAUCAACUCCAAGGUGGACACCAUCAUGCUGGAGAAGGGCCACCUGCAGAGCAAAGUGCAGGGCCUGGAGGAGAAGCUGAGUAGUUUGUCUAUAGGCGUGUUUACCAGCGACCAGGUCGGAGAGAUCAACGGCCUUAGGGAAGUGAUUAACACCCAGGAACAAAGCAUCACCCAGCUCCUGAAGGCUGUGAGGGAGCAAAGUGACCAACUCAACUACCAGAGGACCAAGAUCAAGACUCUGGAGGAAAAGUUUACAGCCAGCUCUACCGCCCAGGAGACAGUUGAGAGGAUGCCUGAACCUUUCAUGAGCGAAGCACCAACACUUAGCCCCUAUCUGGCCUCCAGCGAGACAAAUGCAGUCGCAGAUCUACCAGCGGACUGCAGUCAACUCUUCAACAGAGGUGAGAGAACCAGCGGCGUGUACGCCAUCAGACCCAAUGGAUCCCAGCCCUUCAUGGUGUUUUGUGACAUGAGUGCAGAUUACGGGACAACCGUUAUCCAGCGGAGGAAGGACGGUUCUCUGAACUUUGAUCAAACCUGGGAGAAAUACGAGAAUGGAUUUGGAGAUUUCCACGGGGAGUUUUGGCUGGGUCUCAAGAAGAUGGGUCGUCUCGCCGCUCAGGGCAACUCGGUCCUCCACAUCCAGCUGCAGGACUGGAGACAAAACCAGCGCUACGUCGAAUACCUUUUCAAUCUCGGCGGUCCAGAGAGCAACUACACGCUCCACCUCGAGCUGUUGUCGGGAGAUAUGACCGACCUCAUGAGGAACCACAUAAACAUGAUGUUCUCCACGCAGGACAGGGACAAUGGCAAGAACCAGGACUCCAACUGUGCCCGCAGCUACACAGGUGGUUGGUGGUUCAGCCGUUGUGGAGACGCCAACUUGAACGGGAGGUACUUCCUUGUGAGAUCAAAGGGCCGUUCGGACCGGCGAAGAGGAAUCCUUUUGAAGUCCGGACGUACAUCCUCUUACACGCUCAAGUUCACGCAGAUUUCAGUCCAUCCCCUCGGCACCUCUACCUCGUCCUCUGAAACUGGCGGCUUUCUGGCAAACAGCACAGACGUUCGCCAGUGACGAGUCAACUGCAACCACAGUCUAGAGCGGCCUCUAAAGGGGAGCUUCGGAAGUGCUCCGUGUGGCCAGCCGGGGUCUCAGUGGGCCUUGGCCACAGUUUGGGACUCGGGCCACAGGAUGUAAGCUUAGAGACCAACAGUUAUCAGUGGUUGUUGAAGAAAAUGUCAAUUGUCAAAUGGGAAUUACGCUGCCAGAGUACACGCUGGUCUGGUCCUCAGGCUGUGACGCGAUACAGCCUCGGUUUUGGUUCGUAGUCAUGCAAAUCCAAUGAAUCUGUUCUAGAGAGCUAAAAAUAAGACACAUUUUACAGAGGUAAGUAUGGUUUCACAUGCAGACAACAAUGCAAAAUACCAUCAAAUAAAUAAAUACGUUUUACAUCUAA